AUGUUGCGAUCACUAGUUUCCCGCGUGCCGAGGCGCGCGGCCGCGAGUUCCCUGACGAGAACUGCGCAGACGUCUGCGGUCCGGACCGUGGCUGCGACGAGGUCUCUUGCUACUAUUGUUGGCGGCGAAAGGGAACCGACCGAACUUGACGCCAUUACCAGACUUCCGAAUGGCCUCCGGGUAGCCUCCGAAGCCCUCCCGGGCUCCUUUGCGGGCGUGGGUAUCUACAUAGAUGCCGGGUCGAGAUUCGAGGACGAGUCCCUCCGGGGCGUGAGCCACAUCAUGGACCGACUCGCCUUCAAGUCGACAUCGAAGCACAGCGCCGACGAAGUCCUGAACCAAAUCGAGAUGCUCGGCGGAAACAUUCAGUGCGCAUCGAGCCGCGAGGCCAUGAUGUACCAGGCCGCGACCUUCAACUCCGCCGUUCCCUCCGCCCUCGCCGUCCUCGCCGAGACCAUUCGCGACCCCAUCAUCACCAAGGACGAGGUGGACGCCCAACUCGACACGGCUGCCUACGAGCUGCACGAGAUUUGGGCCAAGCCCGAGAUGAUACUCCCCGAGCUCGUGCACACGGCGGCUUUCAAAGAUAAUACGCUGGGUAACCCCCUGCUGUGCCCCAAGGAGAGGCUCGAUCAGAUCGACGUCGCGACGGUACAAAAGUAUAGGGAACUGUUUUAUAGGCCGGAGAGGAUGGUGGUCGCGUUUGCGGGAGUAGAGCAUACCGAGGCGGUUAAGCUCGCGGAGCGUUUCUUCGGGGACAUGAAGUCUACGGCGCAAGAUCCCGUGCUAUCCCGGACGGGAUCUGAGACAUCCCUGGGCUCCCAGGACAGCUCCUCCUCUUCCUCUUCUUGGUCCUCGUCCGGCUCCUCUCAAGUAUCUGGAGCCACCAUGGCGUCUCUCAAGUCGCCGUCCAGUCUCCUCUCCAAGGUCCCUUUCUUCAAGACCCUCUCCACCUCCGCUCCCACAAAGGCCUCGCUCCUCAACACCACCCCCUCCCAAGACAUCUUCCGUCUCCCGAUUGUGUCCGAUGAGAUCUACGCCUUGGCCACCCUUCAAUUCCUCCUCGGCGGCGGCGGGUCCUUUUCUGCUGGUGGGCCUGGCAAGGGCAUGUACUCGCGCCUUUACACGAAUGUCCUUAACCAGCACGCCUGGGUCGAGUCGUGCAUCGCCUUCAACCACACGUAUACCGAUUCUGGCCUCUUUGGCAUAUCCGCCUCGUGCAUCCCCGGCCGCACCGCCUCCAUGCUCGACGUCAUGUGCCGCGAGCUUCGCUCACUCACCCUCGACUCGGGCUUCUCGGCGCUCAACGACGUCGAAGUCGCUCGCGCCAAACACCAGCUGCGCUCCAGCCUCCUCAUGAACCUCGAGAGCCGCAUGGUUGAGCUCGAGGACUUGGGCAGGCAAGUCCAGAUCCACGGCCGCAAGAUCCCCGUCGCCGAGAUGUGCGAGCGCAUCGAGGCCUUGACCGUUCAGGACCUGCGCAAGGUUGCGCGCAAGGUCUUUGGUGGCCUUGUCGAAAACGGCGGCUCCGGCGCGCCUACCGUCGUGCUUCAGGAGGCGCAGCCCGUCGGCUUAGCUAGCUGGAAGCAUAUCCAAGACAUCAUCCACGGUUGGGGACUCGGAAGAAGGUGA